CCAUUUCAUUACUCUCGUGUCUCGACACUAGGGGGCAAAAAAGAAAAAUUGCUGUUUGUGCGUUCUAUGGCUGAAUCAAGGAAUCGAAUUGAUGUGUUCUGGCACGAGGGAAUGCUGAAGCAUGACACCGGGAAUGGCGUAUUUGACAGUGGAAUGGAUCCUGGCUUCUUGGAGGUGUUGGAGAAGCAUCCAGAAAACUCCGACAGGAUCCGAAAUAUGGUUUCCAUCCUCAAGAGGGGCCCUAUCUCUCCUUUCAUUUCUUGGCACCUUGGCUCUCCCGCUCGUCUCCCUCAACUUCUUUCCUUUCACACUCCUGAAUACAUAAAUGAAUUGGUACAAGCAGACAAAGAUGGUGGAAAGAUACUAUGUUCUGGAACAUUCUUAAACCCUGGAUCAUGGGAUGCUGCACUUCUUGCUGCCGGUACCACAAUGUCUGCAAUGAAGCAUAUACUUGAUGGCCAUGGAAAAAUAGCUUAUGCAUUGGUUAGGCCCCCAGGUCAUCAUGCUCAGCCUACUCAAGCUGAUGGUUACUGCUUCCUUAACAAUGCUGGUCUUGCCAUACAGUUAGCUUUAGAUUCUGGGUGUAGAAAAGUUGCGGUUAUAGACAUAGAUGUUCAUUAUGGAAAUGGUACAGCAGAGGGAUUUUAUCAGUCUAAUAAAGUUCUUACCAUAUCUCUCCAUAUGAACCAUGGAUCAUGGGGUCCUUCACAUCCUCAGAAUGGAUCUGUCGAUGAAAUUGGUGAAGGAGAAGGUUGUGGCUAUAACCUAAACAUUCCUCUUCCAAAUGGAACUGGAGACAAGGGAUAUGUAUAUGCUUUUAAUCAGUUGGUGGUUCCAUCAGUCCAAAAGUUCGACCCUGAUAUUAUAGUCUUGGUUAUUGGGCAAGACUCGAGUGCUUUUGAUCCAAAUGGAAGGCAAUGCUUAACAACGGAGGGCUAUAGGGAACUUGGACAGAUAGUACAGGCUCUUGCAACGGAGCACUGUGAUGGACGGCUUCUAAUCGUCCAGGAGGGUGGAUAUCAUGUCACAUAUUCAGCAUAUUGUCUCCAUGCAACACUUGAGGGUGUUCUUAAUCUACCAUCGCCCCUGCUACAAGAUCCUGUUGCUUAUUACCCAGAGGACGAGACAUUUUCAGUAGAAGUUAUAGAAGCCAUAAAAAAAUACCAGAAAGAUAAAGUGCCCUUCUUGAAGACAGCUUAACUUGGAGCACUUCUUUUGACACUUCAUGAUGUCUGAUUCUGGGAGUGGUCCCAAUGAUGUAAUCAACCUCAAAUAAUCUGAAGUAGCAAUUCGGAAUUUCACUAUGCUCUCCUGUGUAUUUUUUGUUCAUUAAUCCUGUUUUCUUCACUGGAGUGUUCUCUAAUAUUACAAUGGCUGGUAAACUUGUCCUAUAGGUUAUGAUGUUGUAAUUGACGUUUUCAUCUGCGAGGAUAAAAGAUAUAACGCACAAUUUGCCAAUUCCUUCUUAA